AUGUUUGAACGUUUAGGUUUACUUCUACUUACAUGUACCGUAGAAUCUCGCAUGAAAGAAGAGAAGCAGCACGCGUUGGAGAACAAAAUAAAAGACGUUGCCAUGACUCCGAAAGAGGUGAAGAAAAUGGAACAGUUACAUUAUGGUUGGUAUAUUCAAGCUGUUAGUGCUUUGAUAGGUGCAAUGGGAAAGGAAAUGUACGAUACCAUGGACAGGCCUAACAAGAAGGCUUUCGUUGCAUGUAUGAACAAAAUAGAAAGAGAGUACGAUCUUCAAAUGGGAGCCGAUUGCUUAGUGAAAGCUUUCGAUGGGUUAUUGGUGAGCUCUUACCCAGAUGCAGUUCACUCACCUCAAUUUGAUUUCGUUGACAAAGACAUCAGUAGUUUCGAACCAUCAGUACUUCAAGAAAAAAGAAAGAGAAGGAAAUCACUAUUUGCCAAUGGGAAUCGACCAGUACGUCUUUCCUAUAGACAUCGCUUCAAAAGGAACAUCCUGUCUCUAUAUGCCAAUGACGAGAUGCGCGCUGAGGCCAAGAGAAUUGAUAAAGUGGAAACCUCCCACGGUUACAAAGUAAAAACAAUGGACCACAUGCCAAGUUUAUUGACGAAUAGGAAAUCACCUGUGAAGACCGUAACGAAGCUAAUUGGAACUGUUGUUGGAUCAUACAGGAAUAAAACCUUAACGGAUGGACAACAGCUCAAACACUCUUAUCAAAGAAUUAAAGAUCUCCAAAGCAUUGUGGAAAAGAAAAACAUGGAUGGCCAAUUCAAACACCGCAUGCUUGAUAUGGUAAUUGGGAAGAACAAUCCCUUGAGAGCUCGUAAAUCAUUUACUGAAAGGUUCCGCGACAUAAUGCCGGAUAUGCCCAAUCUGGAAGAUGAAAAGCUCUAUGGUUUAGUUGAUUCUGUGAGUAAACAUACAAAAGAUGUUAACUAUAACAUGCUCUCUCCAAGAUUCCUAUCAAUUAUGCCAGACAGAUAUCAAACAAAAAAGAAACUUCUCUCUCCCAACAUGUUCCCACUGUAUAAGGACGAUAGUGAGAAUAGUGUUUUACCUAUUCCAAACAUACUUGAGAGUACUGGAAUGGAUCAGGGUGAUCAAGAUUCUGUUAUGGAACUUGUUAUGGAUGUUUCCGGAGUUAAUGAUGCUGUUGAUACAGCGAUAAAGACUGUGCAAGGGUUGAAGUCUGUGAACCUAGAUAAAGACAUUCUGGAUAUUACAAAUCUCUUGGAUACUACUUUCAAAACCUUAGAAUCAACUUUGCAUGAUCAUCAGAAAGAGCAUUUAAACACAAAAAAAUAUUCUUUCUUAGAAAAAGAUCAACUUGAAUCUCUUUUUGGAGAAAAAGCUUUGCUCAAUCGAACUAAUGAUUUCCCAUUCGAUAUUGAACGUUAUGGGGAGAUGUCAUUUGCAGAAAAAGAAGAAGGACUUAGGAACACAAUACGUCUUAUUGCCAAAGGAAAAUUAGGAGAUUCUCAAAAUGCUUUACAUCCAACCCGUGGAAAGCGUGCUGUUGUUCAUUUUCAACAUGUUAGUCUCUCCCCGUACGCAUUUUCUCCGUCAAUCCAUACUCUUUCUGUACUUGGACCAGUUACAUUAUCUCCAUCCUUGUUCUCUCCAAGUAUUUUAUCUCCUCUUCUUCUCUCUCCUCCAGUUUUAUCACCGCAGGUUGGAAAUCCGCUGAUUUUCUCCCCCUACGUCCUGGGACCAAAUGUACUAUCAGCUGCAGUUUUCAACGCUUACGUUUUCUCUCCUUACGUCUUGGCACCGAACGUAAUCAAUCCAUACGUGUUAUCACCUUUAAUUCUUUCUCCAUUUGUCUUAUGUCCAGAUGUCGUAUCUCCCACUAUUCUUUCUGGAGUUGUAUUAUCUCCCUCCGUAUUAUCUCCAUCAGUGUUUACGGAUUCAGCCCUAGCUGUUAAUGUAUUGUCACCAACGUUCUUAUCAUAG